ACAGCUUCUGCCCAGUGCCCUGACAGUCCAGGAUGGGGGCCUCCGCGGACGCCCUGCCACCCAUUCUGCUGGGGCUGCUGCUGGCUGUCACCCCUGGGACUCUGAGUGCCAACCCCGGCCUGGUGGCCAGGAUCACCAGCAAGGGUCUGGAGUAUGCGGCCAAGGAGGGACUGCUGGCUCUGCAGAGAGACCUGCACAAGAUCACCCUGCCGGACUUCACUGGAGACUUCAAAAUCCGUCACGUGGGCCGAGGGAGCUACAACUUCCACAGACUGGCGAUCCACAGCUGUGAGCUGCCCAGCUCCACCCUGAAGCCCCUCCCCGGCCAGGGCCUGAGUCUCUCCAUCUCCGAUUCCUCCAUCGGCGUCCAAGGCCAGUGGAAGGUGAAAAAAUCUUUCCUGAAGAUCCAGGGCUCCUUUGACCUUCACGUCCGGGGCCUUACCAUCUCUGUCGACCUUCUCCUGGGCACUGACCCCUCGGGGAGGCUCACGGUCACUGCCUCCCACUGCAGCAGCCACAUCUCUGAUGUUGACGUGGACAUAUCUGGAGGUCUCGGGUGGCUCCUGAAACUCUUCCACAACCAGAUCGAGUCCAGGUUCCGAAAGGUGCUGGAAGACAAGGUUUGUGAAAUGGUCCAGAAAUCAGUGGCCUCGGACCUGCAGCCUUAUCUCCAAACCCUGCCAGUCACUGCCAAGAUUGACAGCCUGGCAGGCAUCGACUACAGUCUCGUGGGGCCCCCUCAGGCCACGGCCCAGGCACUGGACUUGAUGUUUAAGGGUGAAAUCUUCGAUCUCCACAAUCGCUCCAAGGUGGCUGCUCCCGUUCCAGUCAUGAGCCUUCCCGAGGAUAACCAGCAAAUGGUCUACUUUGCCAUCUCUGGUCAUGUCUUCAACAUCGCCAGCCACGUUUAUCAGCAGGCAGGGUACCUGAGCUUCUUCAUUACAGAUGACAUGAUCCCGUCGGACUCGACCAUCCGGCUGACCACCAAGUCCUUCCGAACUUUCGCCCCCCGGAUAGGGAGGUUGUACCCCAACAUGAACUUGGAGCUCCAAGGGACGGUGAUCGCUGCUCCACUCCUCAACUUCAGUCCUGGGAAUUUGUCCUUGGCACCCCAGAUGGACAUCCAGGCCUUCGUGCUGCUGCCCAGCUCUGUCCAGGAGCCUGUGUUCCGACUUGCAGUGGCCACUAAUAUAUCCGCCAUGAUGACCUUCAACAGCAACAAGGUCACAGGGUUCCUGAACCCAGGAAAGGUACAAGUAGAACUGAAAGAAUCCAGAGUUGGAAUGUUCAAUGUGGAGCUGUUAGAAGCGCUCCUCAACUACUACCUUCUCAACACCCUGUACCCUCAGGUCAACGAUAAGUUGGCCAAAGGCUUCCCCCUGCCUCUGCUACACCGUAUCCAGCUCUACGACCUCAUUCUCCAGAUCCACAAGGACUUUCUGUUCUUGGGUGCCAAUGUCCAAUACACACGAGUUUGAGAAUCAGAAGAAAAGCAGGUGUCGGAGGCCACUGCUGGAUGAUGGGCCUGUUUCAUCCCCAGCUGGGUGGCACAUCUCAGAGCAUCUCAGAAGACAAGGGCAUUUCUGUUCCUGGCUCUGAGGAACUCUGCCCUCCUCCUCUUCUUCAUUGAGUUUGCCCACCUCUCACCACCCUGGCCCAGGACUCCACCUUCUCCUCCAGAAAGGAACUUCUCUGAACUGACCUGUGAAGUUGCUAAAAUCAGGCACUAUACUUUUUGUUGUAUGCGUGUGUACCAAUACUGGGACUUGCACCUAGGGCCCAAGCACUAUCUGUUAGCUUUUUUUUGCUCAAGGUUGGCACUCUACCGCUCCAGCCAUAGCUCUACUUCCAGCUUUUUAGUAGUUAAGUGGAGCUAAGCACCGCAUGGACUUUCCUGUCUGGACUGGUUCAGAUCUCAGCCUCCUGAGAAGCUGGGAUUACAGGCGUGAGCCACCAGUGCCCAGUGUCGGGUGCUGUAUUUUUUAUCCCCCGUGUGACCCCCUCCAUCUCUAGCAGAGCGCUAGCUCUUAGUGGGUCCUUAAUAAAUAUUUAUGGAAUGAUUUGAUGAAGGAAUCGCAGGUGUUCUUGCUGAACCUCACCCC